AUCACCACUUCAACUAAUUUUUUACUAAGAACCUGUGUUAGUUUUAAAACCAGAAAACUUUUUUUUUUAAUAAAAAAUAUAAAUAAGAUUAGCCACCAGGAAAAAGGAGUCAGGAAGGGAUUUUCUAAGUGUCUGUAUGUCUCUGACCCACCAAUCCUAUGAGAGGUGAGCCAGAAGUCACCCCUAGGAGGCAGACCUGGAUUGUCACUGAAAAGAAGAGAUGCUCUCAGUGGCCACUGUUAAGUUCCAUAGCCACUCUCCCCAAGCUAGUGUGGGAGACAGUGCACAAUUAUCCUGUUUUUUUCUUCCAGGGGUCUGAAGCUCCAUGUAGUUUCUCUCAGACACAUUAUACUGAGGCUUUCACUGAUUCCCCCAAAGCACUUUUUCCAGGGAAUUCAAUGAGAUGGAGCAAAGCCUAGAAGUUUAAGGCAGGAUCUAGCGUCUCAGACCUGGGGCUGAACACUGGCUCCAUCACUUAUAGCUGAGGGAAUUGGGAACCAUAACCUGCCUCAAUUUCCUUAUCUGUAAAAUGGGGGCAUAAAAGCAUCCAAUUUAGCAUUAUUAUGAGGAAUACUUGAUUUUAUCUGGGUAAAGAGCACCUGCAAAUAGGAAGUACCUAAUAAAUUAUUAAUUCUAAUACAUUGCUUGAUAAGGGGCAUGCAACUUAGUAUAGAAUUGUGAAUUAAAGGAUAAAAGAAUGAAUUUGGAUAGACAUUCAAGAAAUAUAAUUAGGUGGAAAAGAAGUUUCAGAAUAAUAGAUGGAGUAGGACUCCCUUUUAUAAAUGUAUAUUUGUAUGUCUAUGUGUAUAUAACAUCAUCUGGAAGCAUUUUUUUUUUUCAGGUGAGGAAUGAGUUGGCCAUUUGUAGAAGUGACCCAGGAGAAUAUCUUUUAUAUCCAGUUGAGUGUUUCAGUUCACCAUAGAAAGAAACACAAGCGAGAGGAGGAGGAGGAUGAUUGUCCAGUAAGAAAGAAAAGGCUAACUGAAGCAGGGCUCUGUGCUGGUCCUAAUGACUGGAUUCUUUGUGCACAUCAGGAUAUAGAGGGUCAUGGAGUAAAUCCGUGCACUAGUGGCCUUUCUGCACCUGGCAUGUUAGAUGUUAUUUGUGAAGAGAUGGAUCAGACAACGGGAGAACCACAGUGUGAAGUUGCCCGAAGGAGGCUUCAGGAAAUUGAGGACAGAAUAAUUGACGAAGAUGAAGAAGUUGAAGCUGACAGAAAUAUUAACCAUCUUCCCAGCCUUGUCCUUUCUGAUACCAUGAAAACAGGUUUGAAGAGGGAAUUUGAUGAAGUCUUUACAAAGAAAAUGAUUGAGUCCAUGAGCCGUCCUUCCAUGGAGCUUGUGCUCUGGAAACCUCUCCCUGAACUCCUUUCUGAUAAGCCAAAGCCAUCAUCUAAUGCUAAGAACUACACAGGAGAGAGCCAAACUAAACAUGCAGCUGCUGUCACUGCCUUCCCUCAAAGAACUGAACUAAUCUUGGAACCUCGACAAACAGGGUUGCCUGUUUACACUAGUUUGGAGACAGCUGCUUGCACAGAAGAAGAGAUGGAACUCUAGACACCAGUUUCUGUACUAAAGUUGUCAAAUUUUAGAAGGCUUAUGUGUUCAGUCAUGAGCCUGCUUGUACAGUAUAGGGACUUGAAAGUUUUGAAACGGGUGUAAUAUCUCCACCUGUGAUUUGGGGUGGGACUCUCAUUUUGGGUAGCCAUUUCUUGAAUUCAACUUUUGCCAAGGAAACUUGUCUCAAGAGAAAAGCAGUUUUCUAGGGGUCUUAUUAAAGGAAUAAGGAGUACAUUCUGCAAAGUCAAGUAUAGAAGCUAUAUGUGUAAGCAUGACUUUUAAGUCAUCUGUCACAUUGUAUCAUUCAGAUACUUGAGUUGAAAAAGGUGCAUUAAGAAAGUAGGAUGUUCUCCUCCUAUGUGUACUUUGACAGUCGAGCCACAACUUCAUCUGUAGAUAUGAGCUCUGUUUACAGUGGUGACCAAAUAUGAUUGGGGAGAAGGAGGAAGGAGGCAGUAGCUUAAGCCUAUGCUGGGGAAAUUAACAGAGGCUCUGAAACCUGUAUAUUAGUUGUCAGUUCAGUGUAGCUAUAUUGAUUAAAUAGCCAGUAGCAUUGUGGCUCCCCUUUUUGCCUCUGAAAAUGCAAUGAAAAAUAGAAAGAAAAGGUUUUUCCCUUGAGGCUCUUUUGUGUGCUACUGUUGCUCCUUGGUUUCCCUUGCAUAAUCGAUAAGCCCAGCUAUUCAGUAAUGUUUACAGCUUAAUUAACUUUGAGUGAUAGUUUAAAAGGUUGUGAGGUAAACCAUGUGCGAAUUGGCUCUGGGAGAAGCAUCCCUCAGGUAAUCCCGGGGCAGUGCUAUAUCAGCUAAGCCCAGCAUGUAACUUCUGUAGUUAAAAAAAGUUGUGCCUGCAUAAGCAAGUUAAGUUUUUUAAUGUUGAUUUAGAAAACAGUGACUGAAUAAUUAGCUGAGCACAUAUGGGCAAGUGACAUUGAGAUUUACUGAAAUAGCCAGUUUGCCUGUUGUUUCAACUAUGGUGCAGUAAGCCUAAAAGUUAGUAGAGAAUAGCUUCCUGCUAGCAGGAAAUCUUCAUCUUGAGGACCUUACCCAGGCUCAAGGCGUCCUCUAAGGGUAACCAGGAUUGAAGUUUUUUAUUUCUCAGGAAGAGCUCUUCUGUGUGGCAAGGACUCAGUAGUACGAAGUAAAAUGACAAUUUCUUUAGUGCUACAGAAUAUCCACUAUAACUUAUUGAGUGUAAUACUAGCUCUUUUAUCAGACAAUGGGAGACCACCCCAGUUCUUUCUGUUUUGUUUUCUGGGUUUCUUUUGCCUUUGUUGGAAUCAGAUACCUUGUGUAGAAAACAUGGUUUAUGCCAUGUAGAGGUGACUUUAGGAGGCAGCUCCCAGGCAAUUUUGAAACCCAUGCCGAAGUCCCUCCCCUUUUUACAGAUGGCAUAGAAGUCACAAGUCUACUGACUGUUUCUUCUCCUGCCUGUUGUUCCUGCUUUCUCUAUUUCUGUCUGGAUAGUCAGGAAAAAGAUUUAAUGUUUAAUAUUUAAACAAAAUAUUUAAUGUCUACACAGUAAAAUUAUUCAAACUUCAAACCAGUAUUGAAACAGUUGGAAACCAGCUAAUAGUUUCUUAAUCUCAGAUUUAGAGAUGAAUGUAAACUGUAUUCUGUUGAAAUGUGCAAGUGUUUGAUUCAUGCCGUUUAAAAAACUCCUGCCUCUAGGUAAUUGUUAAUGGGACCAACUUGUAAAGUUUGUAGCCUUAAAGAAACCUCCAUGCAUUUGUUCUGCUACAGCUCAAAAACAUGAAGUGACUGCCUGGAAUUUAGAGUUAGUCCCUGUGUUCAGGUGAAGGAGAAGGUGACAGCUUUCCGAAGGACCCAAGCACACUAACACUGUCUUCUAUAGGGAUUGUUGGGCAGGCCUGGGAUCCAGGUCUGUACAGUGAACAGGAGGAAAGAAGAGCUCUGAAACAAGGCUCAGAUACCACGGAUAUAUGUAGGAGAGAACUAAUAAGAUCUGUUAAUUAAGAUCCAAGCAGAACUUGUUUCAGGAGUCAUUUUACCUGACCUGAUCAUUAUUUCUGCAGGAAACAUGGAUGUUCAAUACUCCUUUUUAAACUUUAUCCUGCAUAUGUUUGUACAAAAAUUGUCUUCAUCCUUGUGGUGCUUACUCAUCUGAGCCGUCUCCACAGUCCCCAUGCCUCUGCUUUUUCUUUUGUAGAGUAAGGCUUUUGCUUUUGCCUUAAGGUUUCCCUAGGGAAUUAACAGGUCUUUUCAUUUUGUACAGCUUUUGCAGCAUGGAUCAAACAUUGGCUUACUAUGCUAAUGUGUGAAGAGAAAAAAUUAUCUAAAGCAGGUGAGCUUUAAUGAACAAAUGUGUAUUUUCUCUGAGUUUGAUUAGGGUGUGUGUGGUUUUGUUUUUUUUUAUUUCAUAUGAAGAAAGUUUAAGUGCAGUUCUCACAGAUAUUAAAAAUUGCUACUCAUUCUUGAAAAGGUGCAAAUGUAAAAUUUAAAAAAUGAGUGGAAGCUAGAACCAUAAGAAAAAUGUUCACCAGUGGGUUCAUUAUUUUGGAUCUGGAACUUGGUUUUGUUUUUUAAUAGUGAUAAGAAUGUUGGAGUAACUUGGAAAGUUGUGGAAGAUGCUGUUAGUUUUACUUUAAAAUGAGAAUCUGGUGUUUUUGUAUUUUUUUUCAAUAAAACUUCUUAAGUGUUUUGGA